UUGUGCAAAUCAUGAAUGAUGGUUAUUCUUGUAACACUUGAAUAGAAGGAACAUGAGGUGAACAACAGCAUUUCAACCUUAACAUCUGUCCAGGGUCUAAGCAAACCUUAGAGCUAAUAGGCUAGGCUACAAUCCAUAACUAAUGUUCCUGAACUGAAAGUUACAAUUUCUGUUCAUACAAGCGCUUGGAGUUGAACGUUGGAUUUCAGCGUUGAGUAGCUUAGCACGUUUCAGGGUAGGCUACCAACUGUGGAUAGCCUAGUCACCUGCACCCACUACCGCUCUUCAACGCUCCCUCCUCUCCAGCAUCGCUGAUCUGGCGGUGGACGGGUAUGGUCUGGUCUAUGGGUGUUGAACAGAUGUCUCCGCCUGUUAGGAAUCUAAAGUGCCUCUCACCGGUGAUGUGUCAGUGUAAGGUCAUCUGCAGCAACCGGACUCUCUCCCUCAUGUUCGGUUGCAAGAAGUACCGGUACCAGGAUGAGGAGACACCCCCCUUGGAGCACAGUCCAGCCCAUUUGGGUCAAGGGAAAAGUGCUGAGAUGCUUCACAUGAGCGAUAAGAACCUCGCCGCCAUGGAGGCAAUGCAUGGCUACACGCCGCACACACACAUCUCCCCUAUCAAGCCGGUGUUGAUGUCAUCAGGCCACACUCCUAUGUACACCUCUGCUGUUUCCACACUGGGAAAUUCUCCCCCAGUGGUGGUGAACACUGACACACUUGACGGCUCCCCCUACGUCAACGGGACAGAGGGGGAAAUUGAGUAUGAAGAGAUUACACUGGAAAGAGGUAACUCAGGCCUGGGCUUCAGUAUAGCUGGGGGGACAGAUAACCCUCAUGUUGGUGAUGACCCCAGCAUCUUCAUCACCAAGAUCAUCCCUGGAGGAGCUGCGGCCCAGGACGGACGGUUGAGUGUGAAUGACAGUAUCCUGUUUGUGAAUGAUGUUGAUGUGAGGGAGGUGACCCACAGUCUGGCUGUAGAAGCUCUGAAGGAGGCUGGGGCCAUCGUCCGCCUCUACGUGCUGCGCAGGAAACCAGCCGCAGAGAAAGUUACAGAGAUCAAACUCAUCAAAGGGCCCAAAGGUUUUAGGUUUCAAGCCACGCUGGAGGAGUGGGUAAAACCCAGCCACAUUCCAGGAGACAAGACAGCAUCUAUGUCACCUAAAAAGAUCAUUGAGGGUGGAGCUGGCUCCCACAAGGAGCCAGCGGCUGCAGAUGGGGAUAAGAUACUGGCG